AUGGAACAGGAGAAGUUCUAUGCUCACAUAAUUCUUGGUAAGUGGGAUAAGCUGCGAUGGCCGGCGUCUACUCCUGCCCCAGUGGACCUCCUUGCAACUGGCGUUAAAAAAAUCGGACUGAAAAGAGCUUUAGAAUUGCGGGCAACUUGGAGCAGUGACCAAGGACGGCCUAUUCUUUUAUUCAAAAUUGAAGACAAUGACUGCCCAGACCAACGUUCCGACUACUUUGCGCCUCCUGCAACUGCAACGCAAUUUUAUCUACAUAAAGCACAGGCCGACGAGCUGACUCCCGAGGACUUAACUAUAGUAUUUGUGUAUUUUCAAGCAAGUGAAGAAAAUCGGGAGCGAUCAAGACAAGAGUAG